CUCCUCCUUUUAAUGAAAGGACGAAACUACCCCUUUACUAGGUAUACGUGAGGUGGGAAAAGUUUCAGCCUUUGAGCCAAGCAAAAUUGUUCUUAGAACAAAUUUUGAGAUUUUCUGGAACCCUCUAGAUUUCUGGAGGCAACACAAAAUUGGAGUUUUGACUUAAAGUCAUCAAUAAUUUGAAUUCUAAGAUUCUGUAUACAUAUUCUUAUAAUGUACUUGUGAAGCUUAGAGACUCAAGAAGCUUCAGUAACAUCUCUUAAUGAUGUCUGAAGAUGGAUACAACACAGAUUUUCCAAGAAACCCUCUUUACAUCUUCUUUAGUGAUUUCAGAUCAGUUUUGAAACUUGAUGAGCUCGGUUUAGAGAUAGCGCGUAUAGCUUUACCUGCAGCACUUGCUUUAACAGCUGAUCCUAUUGCAUCUCUAGUUGACACAGCCUUCAUAGGCCAAAUUGGUCCUGUAGAGCUUGCUGCAGUUGGAGUUUCUAUUGCUUUGUUCAACCAAGUUUCAAGAAUCGCUAUAUUCCCUCUCGUUAGCAUCACAACUUCAUUUGUAGCAGAGGAAGAUGCUUGUAGUUCUCAGCAAGACACAGUCCAAGAUCAUAAAGAAUGUAUUGAAACUGGUAUCAACAAUACAACGGAGGAAACACAAGAAUUGAUUCCUGAAAAAAAUAAAGAUUCUUUAUCAGAUGAAUUUAAAACCGGUAGCAGUAUCUUUAGUAUUAGUAAACCUCCAGCCAAGAAAAGAAACAUACCAUCAGCUUCAUCUGCUUUAAUCAUUGGAGGCUUUCUCGGCCUUUUUCAAGCCGUGUUUCUUAUAUCCGCAGCCAAACCUCUCUUGAGUUUCAUGGGAGUUAAACACGAUUCUCCAAUGCUGAGACCUGCUCAGAGAUAUCUAUCUUUAAGAUCACUUGGUGCACCAGCUGUUUUACUCUCACUUGCGGCACAAGGCGUUUUCCGUGGAUUUAAAGACACCACGACUCCGCUAUUCGCUACUGUGAUUGGAGAUGUCACAAACAUAAUUCUCGACCCGAUUUUCAUAUUCGUUUUCCGUCUAGGCGUAACAGGAGCAGCCACUGCUCAUGUUAUAUCCCAAUACCUUAUGUGUGGAAUACUCUUGUGGAAACUGAUGGGUCAAGUUGAUAUUUUCAACAUGAGUACCAAACAUCUUCAAUUCUGUAGAUUCAUGAAAAAUGGCUUUCUUUUGCUGAUGAGAGUAAUAGCGGUUACAUUCUGUGUAACUCUUUCCGCGUCACUAGCUGCACGAGAAGGAUCAACUUCCAUGGCAGCUUUCCAAGUUUGCUUGCAGGUUUGGUUAGCUACUUCACUUCUUGCAGACGGGUUCGCCGUGGCUGGCCAGGCAAUAUUAGCAAGCGCGUUUGCAAAAAAAGACUACAAAAGAGCUGCAGCAACCGCCUCUCGUGUACUGCAGUUGGGAUUGGUUCUCGGGUUUCUACUCGCGGUUAUACUUGGAGCAGGAUUGCAUUUUGGAGCAAGAGUAUUUACAAAAGAUGAUAAAGUUUUACACCUAAUUAGCAUAGGACUUCCGUUUGUGGCAGGGACACAACCAAUCAAUGCCUUAGCGUUUGUAUUCGAUGGAGUUAACUUUGGAGCAUCCGAUUUCGGUUAUGCCGCAGCUUCAUUAGUAAUGGUGGCUAUAGUUAGCAUCUUGUGUUUACUCUUUCUCUCGUCGACUCAUGGGUUUAUUGGACUUUGGUUUGGUCUCACUAUCUACAUGAGUCUCAGAGCAGCCGUUGGAUUUUGGCGGAUUGGGACAGGAACAGGACCUUGGUCAGUUUUGAAAUUUGAUGAGCUCGGUUUGGAGAUAGCGCGAAUUGCUUACCCUGCAGCACUUGCUCUAACAGCUGAUCCUAUUGCAUCUCUAGUUGACACAGCCUUCAUAGGCCAAAUUGGUCCUGUAGAGCUUGCUGCUGUUGGAGUUUCUAUUGCUUUGUUCAACCAAGUUUCAAGAAUCGCUAUUUUCCCGCUCGUGAGCAUCACAACUUCCUUUGUAGCAGAGGAAGAUGCUUGUAGUUCUCAGCAAAACACAGUCCAAGAUCAUAAAGAAUGUUUUGAAGCCGGUAUUAACAAUACAAAGGAGGAAACUCAAGAACUUAUUCCUGAAAACAUUGAAGAUUCUAUAUCAGAUGAAUCUAAAACCAGUAACACUACCUUUAGCGUUAGUAAAUCUCCAGUCCAUAAGAGAGACAUUCCAUCAGCUUCAUCUGCUUUAGUUAUUGGAGGCAUUCUUGGCCUUCUUCAAUCUGUAUUUCUUAUAUCCGCAGCAAAACCUCUCUUGAGUUUCAUGGGAGUUAAACACGAUUCUCCAAUGCUGAGACCUGCUCAAAGAUAUCUAUCUCUAAGAUCACUCGGUGCACCCGCUGUUCUUCUGUCGCUUGCGACACAAGGUGUUUUCCGCGGAUUUAAAGACACGACAACUCCAUUAUACGCAACAGUCAUUGGAGAUGCUACAAACAUAAUACUCGAUCCAAUAUUCAUAUUCGUUUUCGGUCUAGGCGUAACAGGAGCAGCCAUUGCUCAUGUUAUAUCCCAAUACCUUAUGUGUGGAAUACUUUUGUGGAAACUGAUGGGUCAAGUUGAUAUCUUUAACAUGAGUACCAAACAUCUUCAACUCUGUAGAUUCAUGAAAAAUGGCUUGCUUUUACUAAUGAGAGUAAUCGCAGUAACAUUUUGCGUGACUCUUUCCGCAUCACUAGCUGCACGAGAAGGAUCCAUUUCCAUGGCAGCUUUCCAAGUUUGCUUGCAGGUUUGGUUAGCUACUUCACUUCUAGCAGAUGGUUUUGCGGUAGCUGGCCAGGCACUACUAGCGAGCGCUUUUGCCAACAAAGACUACAAAAGGGCUGCAGCUACCGCUUCUCGUGUACUGCAGAUGGGAUUGGUUCUCGGGUUUCUACUCGCGGUUAUACUUGGAGCAGCAUUGCAUUUUGGAGCAAGAGUAUUUACGAAAGACGAUGAAGUCUUACGCCUUAUUAGCAUAGGCCUUCCGUUUGUGGCAGGGACACAACCUAUCAAUGCCUUAGCGUUUGUGUUCGAUGGAGUUAACUUUGGAGCAUCCGAUUUCGGUUACGCUGCAGCUUCAUUAGUGAUGGUGGCUAUAAUUAGCAUCUUGUGUUUGCUCUUUCUCUCAUCGACUCAUGGGUUUAUUGGACUUUGGUUUGGUCUCACCAUUUACAUGAGUCUCAGAGCAGCCGUUGGAUUCUGGCGGUAAAACUCUCUCUAUGAAACUAUCUGUUUCUUGUAGUAAAAAGGUAAAAACUUA